AUGUACAGCGCCAGCUCGUCACCCAUCGUUAGCAGCUCGACGUCCGAACCGGAAAAGGAACAUCACCAUGCGAACGGGGCCGCUCCCGAGACGGCAGACAAGCUGGUAGCCACGUCGCCAGACAGUGGCCGGCAGUCAGCCGAGGCAGCUGCCGUGCAACCAGCCCCCGUUUCUGAAUCGGUUCCGGUGGCUCUGCCGUCCGCACCGGCCGCCGUCGCCCCGGAAGCGUCCACAGACGAGGAUGACGAUGACGACGAUGACGACGACGAUGUGGUCGACUUGGACAUCACCGGCGACGACGACGACGACGAUGACGAGGAGGAGGAAGACGAUGACGACGAUGACGACGACGAUGAUGACGAGGAAGAAGAAGAUGUCGUGCCACAACCGGCCAGUGCAAACGCCGUCAACGGCGCCGCUGAUCAGUCAGCAGCAGCUUCCGGAUCGACUUCCGGUUCCACAGCGGCCCCAGCCGCGAGUUCCGGUGGCGACGACGACGACGACGAUGACGAAGACGAAGACGAUGAUUACUUCGACCGAUUCUUCGAAGACAUCCUUGGAGAUGACGAAGAAGAGGACGAGACGUCUUCGGUUAGCACGCUGGUGUUCGGACAGGCGUCCACCACCGCGGUGCCCGUGCAGGGCCUGUCCGUGUCAUCACCGUCUGACGACUCGUCGGACUACGGGACAGGCGGCGACGGCUCCUCAGUGUCCAGCGUCAACUAUGACGACGGCGCUGGAGUGGACGACGCGGCGGCCGCCGACCAGGACGGACCACACACCGUCACUCUGCUCUCGCCUGUGCCCAACGACGACGACUUGACUGACGGCGAGGACGGUGCCGCGUCCGUCGCGUCUUCCGUGCAGGCUGUCGAGUCCAAUAGCAUCGCGGCCGCGGCUGCUCCUGCGCCAGCGAACGCGAGCGACGAUGACGACGAUGACGACGACGACGACGACGACGACGAUGAUGACGACGACGACACUUCGGCCAGUGCCACGGGCGGCAGUGACGACGACGACGACGAUGAUGAUGAUGACGAUGACGACGACGACGAUGACGAAUCCAGCGAGACCAGGACGGUGGCCAAGAGCCGAGCGCGUGCGAUGGUCAGCAACCCGGUGACCUUGCCGUCUUCGUACGUCACCAAGUAUAACAGGUUCGUGGACAACAUACUAGGCCGUAUCAACAAGGUGCUGAGGAAGAACUACGACCCGGUCAACGUGCGCCUGCAAACGCCCACGCAGACCACUGACCACAAAAAGAAGGGUACCACCUCUCAAAAACCAAAAACCAAACCCAAAAUGGAGUCCAGAGAAAGCGUCCGACAGACGGAAGUGUUGAAAAAUGGCACAGUAGCAGCUCCGGCGACGGAAAAGUCUGCGACCCCUGUUCCACAUCAUCCGACUGCAGUGAACGGCACUUCGUCCCGGGCGCAGCGCAAGCACCACAAACACGAUAGGACGUCAAAGGCGCAGAACAACAAACCCAAAGUCACCAAAAAUAAGCCAGCCGCCAAGCCCCAUAGUCCGCCUAGAGCCAGAGCCACCAUGUACGGACUGAGCAGUCUGCGCCGGGAUGGAGACGUCACUGUAAACGUUAUGAACAGCCACACGACAGUGAAGACCAAGUUUUUGGUCGGCCCGCUAACUUUGAAAGUCGAAAAAGAAUUUGGACGAGGUGCCAAAAAGGAGCUGAGAUCGGCAACUGCUACCACCGGCGAACUGGUCGGCCGACUUAACAUGAGAGUGCUUACCGGCGGCGCUGCCACCCUGCACUCCAUCCGCGUUUCACCAGCCCAAAACAAAUCGACAGCCCGGACGACCACGACAAGACUAGGGAGUACGUUGGAGAGUCCACUUGAUCGCCCACCUCGUGUCGCAGAAACUGACGUUCGCCACGAAGUCCAUGUUGCAACCGGUCCCGCACAAGACGGCCUAUAA